GCUGAGUAGAUUAUUCUCCCCAAAGUCUCUCUCGCGAUCGAACCCUCGCCCCCCCGUCUCGUCUAGCCUCCCCACGCCCACACACCCCGUCUCCUCCUCCCCCCGCUCCUCAUCCCGCGGCUGGCGAAUUCGAUCGAGGGUUUCCCCGCCGCAGGCGCCUCCGGAUCCAGCUCCACGGCGCCAGCUCUCCAGAAGGGCCCCAGAUCGCGUGAGAGGCUUACUCGCUGCUCUUGGCUGCCCCCUUUCCUCAGCCGCCGCCGCCGCCACGACGACCACCAGCUGGACCUCUCCGCUGCGCCUCCGCUGGCGUCCGGGUCUAUUCUGAACUGGACAUGAAUCAGCUUACAAAGUGGACAUCUGAGCAUUAAAUCUGCUUGGUUUGUGAGACUGUGAGGGAGCUGGAUUCCGACAUAAUUUGUUAUUGUACAAGAUGUUUUGGCAUGUACCUGGACUCUCUGCCGCAUCACCGGUGGAUACUAUCUUAGACAAGGAAAAUUUUAAGUUGGAAGACCUUCUUGACGAGGAUGAAAUAAUCCAGGAGUGCAAAGCACUGAACACCCGCCUAAUUAAUUUUUUGCGAGACAAAGUUCAAGUCGAGUUACUGCUCCGCUACAUUGUGGAGGAGACACCUGAAGAUGCUGAAAAGAAGAGGAUAUUUAGAUUUCCUUUUAUAGCUUGUGAAAUAUUCAUAUGUGAAGUGGAUGUCAUCUUGAAGACAUUGGUGGAGGAUGAAGAUCUUAUGAAUUUACUUUUCUCCUUCCUGAAACCUGACCAUCCUCAUGGGACUUUAUUGGCCGGCUACUUUGGCAAGGUUGUUAUUUGCUUGAUGAUGCGGAAGACACUCCCACUUAUGAAUUAUGUGAAGAGCCAUCCUGAAAUAGUUAGUCAACUUGUUGAUCUUAUUGGGAUUACUUCUAUCAUGGAGGUGUUGAUUCGCUUAAUCGGCGCUGAUGAAACUAUGUAUUCAAGUUAUGCGGAUUCAAUGCAAUGGUUAGAUGACAUACAAGUCCUUGAGAUGAUUGUUGACAAGUUCAGCUCAUCCGAUUCUGCUGAGGUUCAUGCAAAUGCUGCUGAAAUCCUAUGUGCAGUGACUAGAUAUGCCCCUCCAGCACUUGCUACAAAAAUUUCCAGUCCUAGUUUUGUGGGGAGAUUGUUUCAUCAUGCUUUUGAAGAUUCAAGACCUAAAUCAGUGCUGGUCCACUCACUGUCAGUGUGCAUAUCUUUGUUAGAUCCUAAGAGACUUGUAUCUGCGUCCUACCAAGCUUUCCGUAGUCAGUUAAGUCAUGGAACAUUGGUCACUGCAAGUCCAGAAACAGUUAACGGCAUGCUGGAUAGCCUUGGUGAUUUGUUGAAGCUGCUUGAUGUUUCAUCAGCUGAAAAUAUUCUGCCGACAACAUAUGGCAGCUUACAACCUCCUCUUGGAAAGCAUCGCUUGAAGAUCGUUGAGUUCAUCUCUGUCCUACUGUCUAUUGGUAGUGAAGUUGCUGAAAUGCGUUUGAUCGACCUAGGAGCAAUCAAGCAUGUUAUAGAUCUAUUUUUUGAGUACCCUUUCAACAAUUUUUUGCACCAUCAUGUGGAGAACAUCAUCGUUUCCUGUUUAGAGAGUAAACAGGAUCAUCUGAUUGCUCAUGUUCUUGAUGAAUGUGAACUUGUUACAAGAAUUUUAGAAGCUGAGAAGAACUCUGCUCUGUCAAUAGAUUUAACUAAGCGUACCCUAUCUUCGGAUGGAAGAACUCCACCAAGGGUUGGAUUUGUUGGUCAUAUUACACGCAUAGCCAACAAGCUCAUUCAGCUGGCCAGCAGCAACAGCACAAUACAGUCACAUUUGCAGCAAAAUUCUGGUUGGACCGAGUGGCAUGCUAGUAUCCUAACCAAGCGUAACGCGGUAGAAAAUGUUUACCAAUGGGCUUGUGGCCGACCUACAUCGAUGCAGGAUCGAGGUAGGGACAGUGACGACGAAGACUUCCGAGAUAGGGACUAUGAUGUGGCUGCACUUGCUAGCAAUCUGAGCCAGGCAUUCAAAUAUGGUAUUUACCCUAGUGAAGAUGUUGACGAGGCUCAAGCAUCACAAGAGCGGGAUGAUGAGGAUGUGUAUUUUGAUGAUGAAGCUGCUGAAGUAGUUAUUAACUCUCUUCGUCUUGGUGACGCUCCUGAUAGUGGCUCCCUGUUUACAAACUCCAACUGGUUCGCGUUUGAUGAGGAUAAAGCACUGAACGAUGGCCCAGAAGCUUCCCUUUCAGCAAAUUUGGAGUCGCCUUCACCAAAUGUGGAUGACGACGAUAUGGAUGAAGUCAUUCUUGGUGACCCUAUAGAUGACACAAAAGGCUCGGAUUCACUUUUAGCAACCUCAGACAGGGACUUAAAUGAAGGGUCUGGUCAAACAGUACUGUCAAAUGGCCCCGUUGAUAAAUUGGAAAAUGACAUCAGACCAUCAACUCCUGAUGUAAAAGAGAGUCCAGCUGAGUGUGUUGAAUGGACGGAGGAAGAUGCUGAACCUGGCGAGGUAUCAGAGAAUACUGCUGUUCCAAGUAGAGAGGUUGGAAGUGAGAAGGUGAUGGGUGCCACUGAUGGCGUUAUGCCCGGUACAGGACAAGUAGGAGAAGAACAAGGAAGUGAGAAUUUGGUUGAAUCCUCGGCUCCUGAUACCACAAUAGAAAAGACAUUACCACAUUCGCUGGAUGUCAAUUCAACUGGCCAUUCUGAACCAGCUGAUGGAAGCGCUAAUGUGGAAUCUCCCCUGGGUGAACAGAAGCAGGAAAAGGAGGAAAGUCAGGAGAAAUAGUGGAUCCGGGGGUAGCCGUAUAUCACAGUUUUGUUCACCAUGGUGCUCGAUGACGGGAUGGCUUGUGAUCUCAUGGAGGUGCAGUGCAGGUGCUUGGGGAACCGGCGAGACCAUUCUUGUCUAAAUAGCUCAGGGGCUGAUGUAUUGAUAUUCUGCUGUACAAUUUGCAUUAGAUUGCCCUGCCUUGCGCCCAAGAUGCAAAAGUGGUCGCUUGAAUUGAACAUGGUCUAGUCGAGCUGCUCGAGCUUGUCUUGCCUCGGAAUUUUUUGGAGGUCUGUUGUUAUGGUGUCACUGUACUCGUCUGUUGGCGGCAUAUGGCGCAGCAUGUUGAUAAAGUAGACAUCUCUUUCUUUCUGCAAUCACGGUGCCGGGUUGUACUGUGUCGCGUCCGGUAAAUAACUGAUUAUUGGUGAUAUCCGGUUCUGAUACUUGUUCAUUAUUCCUCUAGGUGGUGCUAUUAUUAGUAGUACUAAAAUUUUGACUGGAAUUCAGACAGCAGAUUAUUAUUCUCGUAUGCACAAUAUGUAAUACUAUGGAUACCUUUUUUGUUU